UGCCUCGCAACAGCAACAGCAACAGCGACAGCGGCAGCAACAGGAGCAACUGAAGCAACUGAAGCAACAGCACGGCAGCAACAGCAAACGUUUAACAGUUGAACCAUUCAACAAGAAAGAAAGAAGCAGCAACUGGGAAACGUGCAACAAGUCACAGGACAAUAUCAUUUUUUUUCAAAGUGCCAAAAAAAAAAAGUAUAUAUAUGAAGUGUGUUUUCUGUGUGUCGAGUUUACAAUAUACCAGAGUAUCAGAGUAUUUAUUUUUUUUGUGAAUUUGAAAGCAAUGCAAUAGUUAUCCGAGCACCCCCAUCGAAUCACUCAAAUUACCUGAUUACACUCACGGAAGUACAACAAACAAAUCAGGAUACCACAUACCUGAUCUACUCAUCAUACCUAUAAUGUAUAGCACAUUCUACCAUUGAGCCAUUCACUGAGGACCUGACUAGCAACAGACGCUUUAACAUUGAUCAAAAAAUCAAAGAAUCAAAGAUUAAAAUACUGAAAUAUAAGAAUACAGAAAUACAGAAAUACAAAGGGAAAUAAACUCUGAUGCCAGGGUGAUUUUAAAUGCGAAAGCGGAGGGAAGAGAAAUCAUAAGCCAGCAAGGUAACCAAAACAGAGGAAUCAAAUCUCAAACGAGGCUGCAGACAGCAAAGAAGACAAAUUUACCAUGACUAUGACAGCCAUUUGCUUUGUGUGCAACCUGCCCAUCAUGUCGCACCAAGUGGGUUUGGUGUGGCAGGGCGGCAACGGCUGGGACGAUCUUGUGCGGGAACAGCUGGAGGAGUCCACCAUACGACAGCGGUUGGGCGGACGGCGAGAUUCGGCGGCCCAGAUCACCACACCGCCGAGCACCUCACCGCCGCCGGGAUUGCAGCGCCGGCGGCGCAGCUCGCUGGCCCAGCUGACGGACAUCCUGCGGGAGUGGAGCGGCGGCACCAAGCAGCAGCAGCAGCAGCAGCAACACCACUCGCAGCAGCAGCAGCAGCAACAGCUGCAGCAAGCCUCCCGCUCCAAGGCGCAGCUGAAUCGCCGCGAAACGCUGGCGGACCUGGCACGCAGUCUGCCCUGGCGCACCUCCACCACCACCGAUGCGAGCACGGGUGCAGGUGGCUCAGGUGCUGGUUGCACCACCUACAUGGCGCCACGCAAGCGACGGGAAUCAUCCGCGGACUCCGGCAUACGGAGCAUGAGGUCGCGACGCGAUUCCAAUACCGCCGAGUUCGUGAGGCACUGGAAUCGCCGCGAGAGCGGUGCAGUUGAGGAGCAGCCCAGCGUUUCCGUGCCCGUCGUCGUCGAGUGCUCUAAAAGCGCCUCCCGGCGCGGAUCCGGUGAGAGCUACCUGUCCAGCAGUCGGCGCGAUAGCAAUGUGGCCGGUAGGGUGACCACGCCGCCGCCACCCGGCAAAUAUCAGAUGGCCAAGAAGCGCGACUCACUGGCCGCGCCGGAGUUCCCAAAUUUCCGGCAGGAGCAGCGACCGUCCACCAGUUCCGCCGGCUCCUGUUCGGACCACUCCAUGCCCCUGAUAUCGACGCACUCGAGCACUCACCACCUGGCCCACCAGCAGGUGGACUCCGCGUGCCAAGCCCUGCCGCCGCCAACGAUCAUCACCAGCUCCGUAACGCCACCGGCAACCAGUCCAACGGCGCCGAAGGGACGCCGCGACUCCCAGACGCAGUGCGGCCGCGUUAAUCGCCGGGAUUCCAAAGCGGGCGUAAGUCCGGAGCGUGCGCCACGCCUCCAGCGGCUGCAGCGCCAGGCGACCGCCUUCGAUGAGGGCUGCCUGCCGGGCGGCAGUAGGCGUGGCUCCCAGCCCGCACUCAGUCCCGAUCCGCCGGACGACUGCGAGAGGCGCACCUCGCGUCGGGAUUCCCUGUCACCGGACAGCGCCUCGCGUGGCGGUCGUCGUGAUUCGCGCACUCAUCUAUCGCCGGAUCGUUCCCACGAGCGGGAUGGCAGUCCCAGGCGGCACACACUGCGCCGGCAGAGCAGUUCGGCAGCGAGAUCACCCAGAUCGCCGGACUCCAAUAGCUGCUGCUCCUCGCGGGAUCCCAGUCCCUGCUCCAGGCCACAAACGCAGACCACCGUCGAGCAGAAUCAGCGACCGGCCAUCCGGCGGCAGUCCACCACCGAGGAGAUCCUCAUCGCCCGGGGAUUCCGGCGACAGUCGACCACCGAGGAGAUGAUCCGCUGCAGGAACUUUCGCCGCCAGAGCUCCCAGAGCGACGACGUCUGUCGCUAUCGUGGCAGACGCGACUCGUCGGCGCAGAUAAUCGACGGCACCAUCGGCACCAUGACCGUGGAGACAACCAGUACCUUCUUCGACUCCAGCACCCAGACAGAACCAUCGCCGCUCUAUGACAACAAUCACUAUCAUGAGGAGUGCCUGCGCUGCAAUUCGUGUGGUCUGAACUUGACUGGGCCCAACCAAAAGCGGGCCAGGAGAUUCAAGAACCAGAUCCUGUGCGACCUGCACUUCGCGGACGUGGCCCUAAUGGAGUGCUCCGAUUUCAUGCAGCAGCUGCGGAGCUUCAAGCCGCAAUCCUUGGGCUGCGCGGUGGCCAGGCGCAAAAGUUCCACGACGCUGAUAUUCCCGCUGCCACCGCAGGCUUGCUCAGAUGAGUUCUGCGAGGAGUAUCCGCACAAUCUGAUGCCCACGCCGGGCUACUGGAUCGAGUGCUCCCGCCAGAAGAUCACCAUGCCCACCCCGCACACCAUUUGGGAUGAGAGCGACUCGGAGCACGAGGACAUCCGGGCGGGAAGUGCCAGCGAUGCCUAUCUGGAGCGCGAGUGCAGCGAUCUCUACGAGGACGACGAGGACUCCGAGGCCACGCCCAGUCCGCGGAAAAAGACAACCAUCGAGGAGCAGUGGGACCAGCAGGGCGCCUUCGAACUGAUCUCCGUGGAGCAGGAGACGUACGAGAAGUACUUCUAUGGCACCGAGCACUGGAACUACUUCACCAGCGACGAGGACCUGGGUCCGGUCAUCCUCUCCAUCAAGCAGGAGACGCUCAACGGACGGGAUCAGUUCCGCAUCCUGGUGCGGGCUGGUUCCUACACGGUUCAUGGACUGAUACCGGCCUCCUGUGUGUUUGCAGAUAGAUAUAAUCGCGAGGAGGUAGUUAGAUCUUUAGGUAAAGAAGUUAAUUUAAAUCCACCUUUAACGUUAGGACAAUUGCCCGAUACGCCAGAGGAAUUAUUAAAAUUAGAUCAGGUUUUUAUAAAAUCAGAGUUAAAAGUUGGCGUCAUAUUUGUCAAAGAGGAUCAGUAUACCGAAGAGCAAAUUCUGGACAAUAAUGAAAAUUCACCGCUCUUCGACGAAUUCCUCACUCUGCUCGGCGAUCGAGUUCGACUGCGCGGUUUUGAUAAAUACAAAGGUGGCCUUGAUACGGUGCACGACCUGACAGGUCUCUUCUCCGUCUACACGAACUGGCGCAACAUAGAGAUCAUGUUCCAUGUGUCCACGCUGCUGCCGUACGAGAAGCACGAUCCGCAGAAGCUCCAGAGGAAGCGGCACAUUGGCAACGACAUCGUCUGUGUGGUCUUCCUGGAGGCGGAUAACACCCGCUUCAGUCCCGCCUGCAUCAAGAGCCACUUCCUGCACACCUUCAUCCUGGUUCGUGUUUCGGCCAGGAUUAAGCACAAGCCCACGCGAUACGAGGUGUCCGUGGUGACCCGUGACGAGGUGGGCGCCUACAAGCCCUAUUUGUGGGAGCAGUCCGUCUUCGAGAAGGGUCCAAUGUUCCGGGAAUGGCUGCUGACGAAGAUCGUGAAUGGAGAGAGAGCCUCCUAUUCGGCACCGAAAUUCGCACGAAUGCAGGAGCGGACGCGUUCGCAGAUGCUCGAGGAUCUGGUGAUGAAUCUAUCGAAUCAUGCGGAAACUGGACAGAUACCGAAGCCAUAUAGACGCGGCAGUUGGCGACCGAUCGGUCACAUGCGACCGUCGUCGCCGCUGCUGGAUUCCGUUCGCGAUCAAUUCGAGGACUACGAUCAGUUGGCCAAGGACUUUACCCGCGUAUUCCUAAACGAAGAACCAUCGUGCCUGACCAACGCCCAUCUCUUCGAUGUCGUAUUCCUGGUGGGUCAGUCCAAGCAGAAGGCUCGAUUCAUUGGCGUGCGAGCGAUUCUCGGAGUGCGGAGUCGCGUCUUUCAGGAAAUGCUGUAUGGCAUUCAGACCGGCUUCGGAUCGCCGCAGAUUCCGGUCGCUGAGAUCUUCGCGCGACCAGCUCCAUCGCUGGUCUCGCCGCAGAACCAGAAGCCGAAGAGCAACAACUACCUGACCGUUCCCGAUUCGGAUUCGAUACGACCCAAGAGCGUGCCAUCGUCGCCGAUGGUGAAGAGGGCCUUCUCCCGGCUGGGUACAAUUACGGCAGGAUGGGGUCGGUCCAUACGGAACAAGAACACCAAUCAGCUGAAUCCGGAUGACAAGAAGAAGUGGAUAUCGUCGACAGAUUGUUCGAACAGGGACAGCAAGGACAAGGACAAGGACAAGCCGGGCAACAACCAGCUGGCAGUGCCACGCCUCUCCGUCUGCGCCGACGCCCAGAAGGUCGAUCGCGCCAAGCUGGCCCAAACGGAGUUCAACAUCAUCGAAUUCGAUCCGGACACAUUCCGGGUUCUACUCGACUAUCUGCACACGGGCACCUGUCCGCUGACCUGCGUCUCCAUACCAGGACUUCUGUGUGCCGCGGAGCACUACGACCUGCCGGAGCUGCUGCAGGCGUGCUUCCACCACUGCAAGCAGUUCCUGCGCAUCGAGGUGGUCUGCCCGAUGCUCAUCUCGCUGGAGAACUACUACUGGCGCUACACAUCCGCCUCCGAGCUGGUCAACAUGAUCCUGUCGUUCGUGGAGAGCAAGGCGCACUCGCUGUUCAAGUGCCCCGAAUUCCUGCAUCUAUCCGAAUCGAUGGUGCAGAUGAUCAUGUGCCGGGAGCUGCAGACGCCAGAGAUACGAAAAUUUGAGGCAAUGCUGGCGUGGGCCCAACACAAGGUGGGCAAACUGAAAAAUCAUCCGAACAAGGAUACACAAUUCGAGUUCGAAUGCAUUAUGGAGCGGCUGACGCGUGAUCUAAAUCUAUGCCGGAUCUCGCCCAGCGAACUGCUCACCGUCGUCCUGCCCUCCAAAUCGAUGAAGAACGAACGCAUCAUGGAGACGCUCAUGGUGCAGGUGAAUCUGGGCACAUACCGUAUGCCCGAGUUGGAUGCGUACCGUCAGCAGUUGCGCCAGCAGGAGUCCGCCGAGGCCACCGUCCAGGUCCACCGGGGUGGAUGAGACAG